AUGCCAUGCGAAGAAGCUUCUCCAUGUUUCAACGUGGAAGAGAGACGAGAGAUUCUUCGGCAUCUUGCAGAAGUGGAGUAUAGAAUCUCUGUUGCAGAUAAAUGUACUGAAUUUUUUUAACGCAUGUUUUUAUUUUCUUUUAGUUGUUUUUAAUCUCCUCGACGAGUUAGAACGCGUCCGUCAGUUGUGGGCAAGCUCUGAACAGACGAAAAAUGAGGCAAUUCAAGUUUUCGAGGGUCAAAAACGGUCUGUGUCGUUUUUUUUUCGAUUUUUUGAAAAUAAAUCCAGGACGUUCGAACAAAAAUGUCGUCGGUUGGAAGUCGAUAUGGAACUGACGGCCGAAGAAGUUCAACAGCUGAGAAAAGACAAAAGCGUGCUGAUGAGAAAAUUUCAAACUUACGAGGAAUGGCAGCAUCUCUUUGAAAGUGUCAUGUUCAAGGUUAUAAAUAAUUUUAGUUUCGCUUUUCCUAUCAAUUUUUUUCAGUACAACGUUUGGGAUUAUUUGACUGGUGAUGAACGAUCUCAGUUUCAUCAUUUGAAACACGAGCUAGACGAGAGGUCUUUGAAAACAGACACGAAGGUUAGUUUUCACCUUUUUUUAAAAUGAGCCUGAACAAGUCUGCGCCAAAUUGUAUUAGGGUGGCCGGUUUUGAAAAAUAUUACUCAUAGUUUCUCUUUACAGUUGGAGAUUUUAUUGAUAAUUGAGAUUAAGGAAGUUUCUUACAGCACGAAAGCGUUAUAAUAACAUUAGAAAUGAUCCACGACCUAGGGAGGCGCUUAAAACGUCAUAAAUUAUUGAAUAACUGAAAAAUGACAGUUUUUGAGCAUAUAUUUCAUGAUUAAUGUUUUUACAAAAUACAUGAAAGUUGGUUUUUUUUUGUGUCUAAUUCAACCUUUACAGGUCGCAGAUCCACAAGUACUAGAUAGCACAAACGAAGAUUCUGAAACAGACGAAACUAUUGUAACGAUUCCCAGGUAAUCAUAAUUUUUGAGCUUUUGUUGAAUUUUCAAAAAUAAAAGAAAGUAGAAGCGUGUUCUUGAGUGUUUGUUUUUUAAAGUUGCGCUCUAGCGAACAAAGCUUUUGAUUUUUUUCGGUUUUGCUUCAAUUGAGCUGAUCAGAGCCUCCUUGGAUGAUGAAAAUCUACAAACACGACAAGAAAAGAAAUGAGAAGCACACUGAUAUAAAAGUUCAAGGUCACCUUCCCCUGUUAGACGAAGAGGCCGUCGAUCGGUUUCAGUUCAUGCGCGCCUUGCUUCCAGAAGACGCAGCAGAAGUCGUCCCGCGUCUGUCAUAACAGUCGAGGAAAUAGACGUUUGUUUCCUCCACCUUUACCGAAUUUCAUUUUAUGAGUUCCAGCCGGAGUUUUCCCCUCCGAAGCGACCACGUACGGAUCUGAAGAAAGAAGUUUUGUCGAGAAACUCGCGUCAUACUACAGCCGUGGAUUCGGAAGACCUGCGUGUGAUUUUGCGCAAGGACUCUUCGGAGAUCACGGCAAAAAGGACUGUCCGGAAAAGCAUGAGUUUGGACAGUGUUCCGGUCGUCAAGGUGCGCUUUGAAGUCAUUUCCCGGCGAUACCCGAUUUAUUAGCCGAUGACUCCUUUCCGUCUUAAUCCUGAAAAUGACCUACGAAUAUUGCGCCAACCUGCUGUCUGGUGCCGAGAUGUUGAGAACGUAGCUCCAUUCCGUCUUCACAGAUUCCAACCUCAGAAUUUUGUUCGUUAGCAAUCAAUUUGAAACUUUUCUUUUUUAGCAGCUAAAAAUGCAAAAAUGCGAUGAGUGUCAGAUGAUUGUGCUUCCAAUGAGCAACGGUAGUCGAUGCGUCGACUGUCACCAAGUUGUGCACAGAAAGUGCGAGCGGUGAGUCUGAAAUCUUUUCCAAACCUCGAGCAGUGUUUCUACAGAAAGCUCUACACUCCAUGUGUUCCCAGGAAAAAAGACAUUCCCAACACGAGAAGAACCCGGAAUGCCAUUGUGAAAAGUUUGAAACUCCAGGUAAACUGCUUAGGAACUCCAGACUGGUCCCUAUAGAGGCGACCUUAGGGGCCACGAAAGCUUGCAAAAGUGGUCCCUAUAAGAGGCAUGCUAGUCUAUAAUUUUUAUGACCUAUAAUCGUAGAAGCAUUUCCAUGAGAAAGACUGAAUGAAUAGGCGUUUUUGAACAAAAUUGAAAAAUCCUUAUAGGGUACGCUUGAGCUUCAGGCGCUAAGGGGUCAGACCCUAAACCCCUGGAGGGACCACCUUAGUUUCAUCCCUAUAGGGACCACUUUUCCCCCUAACUCCUAUAGGAUCACUCUGGUAUUCCUAAGUUAAGCUAUGAAUUCAGAUAUUUGAAACUAGUCUCAAAGAUAUUAUCAAUCGAAUCUGGAUUCAAACAGUCGAAAAUCCUACAAGUGGAAGUGCUUCAGAAUUACUGUACCGAUGCUCAGCCCAUGAUUCCCUUUCUUGUGAUCCACGUUGUCGUCGCGAUCGAAAAAAAGGGCUUGCAUAUCGAAAACUUGUACCUUGCUCCUGGACAGAUGAACGCUGUGAGACAUUGAAUCCAACUAUUUUGGUUUUCGUGAACUUCUCUCAGACCCUCUGCGUUUUGGACGAGUUGCUCACAUCCGUAAAGGUCCCACGACUUGACCUCCGCGAUCCGGAAAUCCUCACCGAGGUGUUAAAAGCGUUUUUGGACGGUCUUCAGGUAGCUUUUUCUCGGGUUCGCUCUCUAUUAUUCUUUGGCAUCACAGGAUCCUCUUGUUCCGAGGACUUCGAGAGAAGAAUUCAUCGCCGCCGCGGACCUGUUCUUCCGCGACGAGCAGGAAGGCGUCGUGCAACUUGAUAAGGCAAUUUGCGAACUUCCGCCGCCCAAUAGAGACACCUUGUCUUAUCUUUUCGUCCAUUGGAAAAAAGUUUUCUAGUUGUCGAGGGUUGCCGACCAAAGACCGUUUUCAGCUUUCAGAAGCAUCUGAACGUAGAGAAGAGAUCUUGGCUCGCUGCCUCGCUCAGCACGUCAUGGGCCGGUCGACUACUCUCCGGACAGGUCGCACCCUUGAACGAGACCGAGUCUGCUGCGAGAAAGUCUUGCAGGCUCUCUUCAAUUUUGAUCUGGUACGCAUUUUUUCUGUCUGAAAUCGCCGUGAAAGUAACGGCUUAUCUUAAGCGAUGACAUACUUGGAGGAAAGGUUCGAAAAUGACUUAAAAAACUUUUGGUUCCAUUUUGCUGCCUUUCUGAGGCCUUCUUGCUGCCUUUCUGGGGCCUUUUUGCUGCCUCUCUGAGGCCUUUUUGCUGCCUUUCUGGGGCCUUUUUGCUGCUUUUCCACGGCCUUUUUCGAGCCUCUACCUUUUAGCGGUCAUUAUCCGCCAUUCCCACCAUGCCCGAGUGUUUAAAAAAUAAUUCACUUUUAUCUGAAAAAUUUAUGAACGCGGCUUUUCGAAAAAAUGGCAAAAAACUUGACAAGAUUCUCGAAGUUCGUGAAAGAAUUAAUGUCAACCCUUUACCAUUAAAAUUUUCAUCAGCCAAAAUAUCUUCCUGACCCAGCCAGUUCUUCUAUUGCCUAAUGUGAGCUUCCUAAAAUUAACAUCUUUCAUACUCUUCCUUUUAUCACAAUUUCAAAUUUUUACUUUUGCCUUUUUAGCAUCGUUUUGACAGAAAUUCCGAAACUGUUACUUUUUUAUUUAUCAUUUUAUUAAUGUAGAUUUUAGUCGUAUUGGCGCCAGUUCCUCCUUCUCGAAACAAACUCGACAGGAUCAAAAAGGCUCCCUCCCAGAAAGUAGAACUUCUUAACGACGAUUGAUAUUCUUUUUUCGAAAAUUAAAAUUUUCCCCAUGUAUAGAACAUAUUCGGUGAGAUUACUAACCAAACGACUUGUAAAUUACCUAUUUUUGAUGAUUGUCACGAGUGAACCAUAUUGAAGAGCUUACCAUGUAUUUUCUUGAAUCUAUAGAUAUUCCUUGGUUUAUGAGCCCGAACUUACUCGUUUUUUCCACUAUUGACCACGGCUUCUUUGAAGUUUUAUUCAACCAUUCAUGUCAUAACUUUCUUGUGAAUAAAUUUUUCAUAUUUAUCUUUAGCCAUUCUCUUCCAAACAAAACUGGAUUUUUGGUUUUUUUUUUUCUUCAUUUUUUUCAUUCUAAUAAUAGAAGGUUAUGAAGAUCAAAACGGCGCUUUCAAAUGAUUUCACGUUUGAGCGAGCUGCGUGUGAAGACUACUACGGGGGGAGAGCAACGCACCUGGAGGAGAAUAAUCUCCCUGUGAGGCCGAGACGGAUAGGGGCAAGGCAAAAGCUGGCCGACUGCGAGCCGACGACCGCCCCCUUUCUGCGACUAGUGUUUUCGUUUUUGUCGUUUCUUCGAUUGUCAUUCUCUUCCCAUUUUCUCCCCAAUUAAUUUUACACCUUUAUCGAUUUUUGAUUUCAUUUUAGGCUAGUAGGAAAGCACUUCCAUAGUGGUAGAGACACAGGGAAAGUCCAACGAACCUUAAAAAGGCCUUAAAAAGAGCCUAAAGAUCCGUUUCGAGUUACUGAAAAGGUGUCAAAAGUUUCUCGGAAUCUCCUUUUUUCCGCCUUUUUUUACACCUCCUUAAAAGAUCCUUUUCAGAAAAAGGUCUAUAAAAAGGCCUUUUUCCGAAAGUUUUUUUCGAGACCUUUUGAACUUUUCCUGUGUCAGCUAAAUCAUUAACGACCGUUUUUUCUAUUAUAAUUUUUUUUGGUGACUUUUUUGAACCUUUCAAGUCGAAAAAUGUGAUCCUAUUUUUAGAAUGCGGCUGAGGCUGGUAUCGCUAGUCUUUUUUCUAGCGUUGCAGCCGACGAGCGACGUUGUGGCUGUCGACGUCUUCUGCGGAGAGCUGAGCGUCUUCGAAGAACAGAGAUUCGGUCGCGGCGCCGUCACUCUCUCUUCUCAGACGACGUCUGACCUGAAGCAGUGCCUCGACAUCUGCUGUUCUAUCCCAAGUCAGCUUUCUUUGGUUACAUCGGAACCUAGUUCUUCAUUUGUGCUUGGAAUGAUAUAUAAUUUUUUUUGACUGAUAUUAUAUCAGUUUGCGAAAAAAAAAUCUCUUGAUUGAACCGGCUUUUUCUUGUGGAUAAGUAUGAAAAAAUGUCUCCAGGUUUUGUGUCUUGAAAAAAAUGUCUCCAACUUCAAAUCUGUAAUGAACAUGGUCCAACAAGAGCUGAUCACUGGAAAAAAAUGGUUCAAAAAUAUAUUCUAAAUGUCUUUUUCAUACUUCUUUAUCACAAAAUGAAAAACUGAGGAAUUCGAGGUCCUAAAAGCUUGCCAAAAAUGUGAUAAAAUUUCUGGAAAGUAGCUUUUGCUUCUACAGCUCUCUUUUCAAAUUUUCAAAACUUUUUGUUUUUUAUUACAAGUGGCUUGAAAUCCUUUUUCGCAACCAUGUCCAAAAGCAAGAUUGUCAAAAUCUGAAGGGUAUAUGACGAUAUUUUUGAAAGAAACUGAUCAAGCUUCAUGUAAGGAAUAAUAAUGUCCUCCAGAAAUUCAAUGUCUCCGCAAAUCUUCAAAGAACGUGAACAAGCGCAUAGUUUCCUUUUUAUUUUCUUUCAUGUUCGGAAGUGCCAAGAAACAAGAUGCAUAGUUCUGAGAGAUCUCGAGUGAACGGCAUGCACUUGCGCCCUUGAUCCGGUCUCUCCGACGUUUUUUUGUUUUGCUUUUUCAUAUGCCCAUCCGUGACUUUAUCUCUUUUCACUUGAAAUUGAAAAGAGAAGUAAAUCUUUUGACCACACUCUGCCUUUUUGUUCAGUUGGUGACACCUAUCCCGAAUUUGCUUGCUCUAUUGUCCAAUCUUGCGAAACAAUACCAGUGAAAGAAGCUUUAAGCGGACGCGCGUCCUGAGCCAAUUGUUCAACAUAACCAUAGAUAGGGUCUCGGUUUCGGCCUUUCAAAUCGUUGUCUUGACAACAACCUCACCCAGGGUCCUUAAUGACCGCAGGACUGCAGCCGACCAAACAGUGGGGAACGGUCAUUAACCUUCGAGAUCACCUGUUGCGUUGACAGCGGUUUCUUGGCGUAUUUUUCUGAGAGGUUAACCUAAAAAAAAAGCCGCUUUUUUUUAAAGAAGAAAUGAUUUUAUAUACGAUGGAUUUGAAAUAAAAAGUAAUAGGUUGGAUUAUGAUCUUCAAAUCAGAAAAUACGGCUCGGAAUUAAAAGAAAAAUAUCCCAGAUUCUUCCCCUAUAGGGGCCACUGAAGCUUGCAAAAGUGGUCCCUAUAGGGGUUUCAGUUAGGGGCCUCUAUAGGGGACAUGCUAGUCGAAAAUUUUUAUGAACUCUAUGCGACAAAAAAGAUGAAUAAGCUUUUUCUAAAUGAAGUUGAAAAACCUCUAUAGGGACCACUUAAGAUUUGAGGACAAAGGAGUUAGACCCUAAACCCCAUAGAGACUACCUUAAUUUCACCCCUAUAGAGACCACUUUUGGAGAGAAUGGUAAAAAAGGUAGAAGCAGCAAAAAUAGUGCAGGAGAAACGAUGAAAUGGCGCAAAAAGAAGCCUUUUUCAUCCUAAAAAAAUGUUUAUAGGGACUUUUUCGACCCUUUCAGAAUUUGCCUAUGGUCUAACAGCCUUUUAUGCUGAACUGGCUAAACUUUUUUAUUUGCAGACUGUGAAGGGGUGACUUUCGAAGGGAUCCUGAUAGAAGGCGAAGAUUCCAACUGUCUGCUCGUCGGCUGCAACUCGGUGUGCACAUUGAACGAGCCUCGGCGCUUCGCUGACGGCGUCGUCUCAGUUCUCGUCGCCCGAAAGGUUUGUUUGUUGCAUUUCCGCCGUCAUUAUCCAUGCACAUAUUCCAAUAUACGGCUUUUCUUUUGCCGCAGAACCAAUUAGCGUCGCGGGUCGAGUAGCAACAUCGAAUAAUCUUUGUUCCCGAUUUUCUCUUCAAAAUAUGUACAGUGAAAUUUUCAUUUCCAGGAUAGGCUAGAAAAAGUGAACGAAAAAUUUUUUUUUGCUAAUUUUACAAGCAGGGAUGUCGCCUUCAUGCUGAAAAAAAGUACAAGAAAAAUUUCAAUAUUAGCUUUCCUUCAGGUAUUUUUGCGAUAGAACCAGCCUCAAAUAACGUUUUCAAUCGAUUAAGGAAAUAAGUCUUUAAAACGAGAUUUAAAGACAAGAAAGCAAAUUUUGACUUGAACAUGUUAUAGAUGAUGCUCUUAGGAAAAAAAAUGGUCCCUAUCGGGCGAACUUAGGAGCUCUUGGAGGGUUCUCUCUAGGGACCACUUCACCAACCCCUUUUAGGGGUCACUAAAGCUUGCAAAAGUGGUCCCUAUAGGAGGCAUGUUAGUCGAUAAUUGUUAUGAACUUUAUUCGAAGAAGCAUUUCCAUGGGAAAACUGAAUAAACAAACGUUUUUGAAUGGAAUUGAGAAACCCCUUUAGGGUCCACUUGAGCUUUACGGGCUAAAGGGUCAGACCCUAAACCCCUAUAGGGAACACCUUGAUUUUACCUCUACAUGGAACACUUUUUGGCUCCUAUAGGGAUUUUUCUUCCUAACCCCUAUAGGGACCACUCUGGAAUUCCUAAGAUUUAUAUGGACCAACUUUGGGCCGCUAUGGUUGUUCUCUAUGAAUUCUAGGGUAUUCCCCAAAAAUUGAAGCUGUUCAAUAGUCUUGAUACUUUUUCAUUUAAGGCCUAACUUUGUUUAGAUUUGGUUUGGAAUUGUUAUUUCGGAUCUAUUUUACGCUUCAAAACAAAGAUUUCAAGUUAUUCGUGAACGAACUGUAAAAUAGGUGUAAGCACAAUCGCGAUACCCAUGUAACCAUUUUUUCGAGUGGCUCCGCAAGAGUUCGGAGGUUGUUUGGGGAAGGUUCUGAGCGGCCGCUUCCCACACACAACUGACCGAUGUCAUCCCAUCGAGUGUGCGCGAGAGCCUAUAAGUUGGCUGUGUUUGUCCGGCGCGCAGAAACGUCAAGCUCAUCGGUCCCUCCUGUCAGAAACCGCGAGCUCAGGGUCGAUAGAGUCUCCAAAUUAAUUUGUUUUCAGAACAAAUAAAAAAAAAACACUCGUGCGAUUAAAAAAACGACAGGAAGUCAAGGAAGAAAGAAAUUUUGAUUUAUAGCCAAUUUACGGCUGGAUUGAACCAUCGAGAAAUGGGUCCUGCCACGAAAAGAGAAGAGAUAGUGCCUGGUUGGUGGAGAGUGCAGACAGGUCACGCCUUUUUGCGUCCCACGCUAGCCGUGAAUACGGCUUGGGACCCUAAGGGGGCGUGGCGUGUCUGCCCUCUCUACCAACCAGGCACUAUCUUUUUUUUUACUGUGUCAGGACCCUUUUUUGCUCAAGCCAGCCGUGAAUCAGCUAUAAGUUCCCAAGCGACAACUCGGGCAAAUUGGGAAUGGUCGAUAAUGGCCGCAAAAAGGCUCAAAAAAGGCCGUGAAGCGGCUGUUUUUUUCUGGGGGGCUCAAGAAAUGGUGGAAAACGGGAGAGGCAGCAAAAAUGGUGCAUAAAAUCUGAUAAAAUGGCGCAAAAAGGCCGUAAAGCGGCUGCAAAAAAGUCCCUUCCAUUUUUCUAGAACUUUAAAGGCUCAAGAAAUCGUGGAGAAGGGAGAGGCAGCAAAAAUGGUGCAUAAAAGCCGAUGAAAUGGCGCAAAAAGGUAGCGAAAAGGAACAUUUCUAUGAAGCCUUUUCCACCCUUUCCGACUUUGCCUAUGCAUGCAUUCAGAGAAAAAAAUGGCAUUUUUCAAAAAUGUUUUUAAACAUUUGACCAAUCAAAUUUCAGAAAGAAGCAUCUUCAAACAAAACAGCGGUUCUGACUGACCUCUCUUCGAACUCGACGAGGCCGUCGUUGAUCGGCGAGGUGGUGCUUCGAAGCCGUCUGACGCCGAUUUGGGUGCUCGCUAUCGCCAUUUCCGUGGCUGUCGUCUGCGUCGGCCUGAACGUCGCCCUAUUCCUCGCCUACUGUUGCUACUGUCGCCGGAAGCGACGAAGCCAGAAAGCCCACAUUUCAACUCCGAAGGCCGGUCCCACCCUUCACGCCUACAACCCAUCCGUUUGA